AUGGCAGUUGGAGACGGCCGCUUGGACGGUAGGCAGAGGUUGAAUGCCGACUCUCUGAUGUACAGACCGUUGGCCACUGAGCCGUUAGCAAGCUUCAUUUUCCCCGAUAUUGGUGCUCUACAUGCUAUACGUCUGGAAUCGUAUGUCAACUUGAACUUUCAAGAGAUUGACGUGCACGGAUUUGAGAUUUAUAUCGUCGAACAGUGGGCUGCCGAACGACAAAUAUCUACGGUGAUUACUAGUUACACAGGUAAUUCUCAGGAUACCAUACAUGCGGUGCAGAUUGCACUACCUACAGAUGCAUCGAAAUGGCCAAAAGCACUGCGAAUGUACUAUGAGAAUUUGAUGACUUUCGCGCAGCCCAAGGAUAUGCCGAAAGGAACGCUCUUCAUAACAAAUUUGCCCUCGGUACCAUCGAACCUGAACUUAUUGCAUGUCGAAUGCGGGGACGUUAGAGUUAUUUGGAAGAAUUUUGAGGUCAAUUUCAAUUUGAAGAGACUAAGAUGUGGGGGGAGAUCAGCACUUUUGUUAUGUGCUCCAUCAAAGGCUGCAGAAGAUAAGUUUUCUCAACUUUACAAGAUAUCAAUGUCCUCUGCUCAACGUCGGCAGCAUUUACAAGUGAUAGAUCAGGAAAGUUACACCCAGGUGCGCACUAUAGAUUUGACUAACAGAUACCAUCCCGUAAUAGAGCUUAUUACACUGGUGCAAAUUUCUCUGGGAUAUUUCCGUCUCUUCAACCAUGAAAAGGAUGGAUUACUAUGUGAAGACACAAUUUUGGCAAUCAAUCAGUGGUGGGAUAAAUAUGGCAAACUUUACCUGGGCAUGGAGAGACCUAAGAAUGAAGGCCCUGUCGGCCCUACCACCAUUACGGCACUGAUCAGUUUGGUAUUGAGUUGUUAUUUUAAAUUCAAGGUUGAGGACUGUGUAGUGUCGAAGGACCCAUUCGAAGAAUCGCAAUUCUUCAACAGUAUCCACAUCUUUCAAAAAAAGUAUGGUAUCGUCAAGGGUACUGGCCCGUUAUACCUCGAUGACAAAACUCUAGAGAAAUUGUUCAAAGUUUGUGCGAAGACUUCAAAUACUGACAUCUUUAAAUUCAAAAAAGUUGUGAAGUCAACUGUCCAAGAUAUCGCUGGUAGAGGGAAUCCAAUGCAUCUUUCCAACGAGAUUUUGACGUCGGAUCUUGAUGUUUUGGUGAAAAAUAUACACGGAGGUUCGCUGGGACUGCUAUGGAAAAAUAAAGGUAGACCUAGACGUCGUCUUAGAGAGUUGCAUGAUCAUCCAGGCUUCUGUGAUAUACGAUACUUCCGAGGUAAUCCUGAUGCACUGCUAGAAAAACAAGCUAUUUGCUUCAUGGAGAUGAAGGAGAAUGGGACUGACUCGCAAGACUCCUCAGAUGAUCCCGAAAAGAAUUUUUUUGACACUGGAAAGCUGGUGAGAUACACCUCUUCCAAUUCGUCUGCUUCAGCGUCCUCGAUGGUUUGUAACUACGACAAGAACAAGUACGCUCGAAAUUUUGGGAUUAAUAAAGUUUAUCAUGAAGAGUAUUAUCGGCGACACUCUGUCCCCUUCGCUAAUGACGAUACGCAUGAACUUGCGGAUGAGGAAGUUCCAUCGAACCAUUGGAGGGCUAAUUGUCUUUAUCGUUCGAAUUCGGCCUCUCAAAUUCAGGACGUCGUAGAACCCUGGACGUUACCGUUUGACCCAUCUUUAGUCAAAAUGGCCCGAGAUCUAUUAAAGAUGAAGCACAAGUUAGAGGCCCAGCAAAGAAUGGAUGAAAUGACAGAAGGAUGCGUCGACGUCUCGGGAAAGAAUUCAGAGUGUCAUAAAAGUAGAGUCGCAUUUGGCGACCUAAUGAACGAGUUACAAGGCGUUUAUCAGGACUGCACAAGCAGGGUGGGAGAAUUAGACGACAAGAAGCAAGAAGUUGAAACGAAGCGAACGUUGCUGAAAGGAGAAAUGCGAGAAUUGAAUUCGUUGUCAUCAAAAUUUCAAUAUGACAUGAGAGUUAUUGAAGGUCGAAUGAGAGAUGUUGAAGAUAGUGUCAAUCAUUUCGAGGCAAAACUUGAAGCUGUUCAGAAGUCUUUGAUUGAAAAUGGUUUGGGUAUCGGCAUGGCGGUCGACUCGUUGAGCGAUAAGGCGGCAUUUGAUAGAUGCAUAAGUGAACUAGUUCAUGCUAGAAACACAAAAUAUGAAGGAGUUUGUUUGAAGAUGUUUAGUAAAAGGUUUGUUCGUGACAUCAAGGAAGAUGUCUCAAAAUGGGGUUCAUGGUUUUUCACAAAACUGUUUUAUGGGCAUGGAAAUACUGAUAAUGGGAUACAAUAG